UGGAGCCGGCACUGUGAGGAGUGGGUGAAUCCCCAAUCUGGGAGUGCUGCCCGGGGCAAGCGCGUCACCUGAAUGACGGGAUAUGAGACAAUGAAGCAACUAGGGACGGUGGGGAUAAAACGAGUGCAAGUCACGCAAGUGGAAACGCGUGUGCGAUGACGAACAGCGCAAGUGACAGAGAAGAGGUAAAGCAGAGAAAAGUUACUUAGUUAAUUGGAGUGCCGGAAAAGAAAACACCAUUUUUAAAAGAACAUACACACAUGUGCCAAGUGUGCGUAAUUCUGUGAAAAGCAAACUGAGGAAGCAGAAUUUCUUUUUCAAAAGUCAAGACUUGAGUCAGAAAAGGAUAAAAUCAUGGAGCCGGAGGUGACCACAGAGGGCCAGGGCGCUAAUAUGGCACAGUCUGCCGCCUCCAAAUUGUCCCAGAUGGGUGAAAGAACUAAACAACUGGGCAAUGUAAUCCAAGACCCAGAACGACAGAAACGGAUUAUUCUAGUAAUAGUCUGCGUAGCACUUUUAUUAGACAACAUGCUGUACAUGGUAAUUGUGCCAAUUAUACCCGAUUACCUUGAAGACCUACAGAAUGCAGCGGAUCAAAGCCAAGCUGUUGCAACCAACUCCACUAAUAGCACCCACAAGAUCACCAAGGGGAACUUCGAUCUGCAGAUAGGCGUUCUUUUUGCCUCUAAGGCCAUCCUGCAGCUCCUGGUCAACCCGCUAAGCGGCACGUUUAUAGACAGGGUCGGGUAUGAUAUCCCGCUCUUCAUCGGACUAAAUGUCAUGUUUCUCUCCACUGUUAUUUUUGCCUUUGCUGAAAACUACGCGACUCUCUUCCUGGCGCGCAGCAUGCAAGGCCUAGGCUCUGCUUUCGCCGACACAUCCGGGAUCGCUCUGAUCGCAGACAGGUACACAGAGGAGGCAGAAAGGAGCAAAGCGCUGGGCAUUGCCUUGGCUUUCAUCUCUUUUGGGAGUCUUGUGGCGCCCCCGUUUGGAGGGGUCCUCUAUGAAUUCGCAGGGAAGCCGGUGCCCUUCGUGAUUCUGGCCUGCAUCUGUCUCAUUGAUGGCAUAUUAUGUCUGACUGUGCUGAAGCCCUUCUCUAAUCGUGAGAGAGAAAACAUGCCAGUGGGUACCCCCAUAUACAAACUCAUGAUUGAUCCUUACAUAGCUGUUGUGGCCGGUGCUCUGAUCAUUUGUAACAUCCCCCUCGCUUUCCUCGAGCCCACUAUAGCCAACUGGAUGGAGGACACCAUGCAUUCCAGCCAGUGGGAGAUCGGCAUGACAUGGUUCCCUGCAUUCUUUCCUCAUGUCCUAGGUGUGUAUCUCACUGUGAAAUUAGCAGCCAAGUACCCCCAUCUGCAGUGGUUUUACGGGGCUAUAGGUAUGGUAUUUAUAGGCGCAAGCUCGUGCACAGUGCCAGCCUGUAAAAACUUUGGACAGCUGAUGAUUCCGCUGUGUGGCAUCUGCUUUGGAAUCGCCUUCGUGGACACGGCACUUCUACCAACUUUGGGUUUCUUAGUGGAUGUGCGCCACGUGUCAGUGUAUGGCAGCGUGUACGCGAUUGCAGACAUCUCCUACUGCGUGGCGUAUGCCCUGGGGCCCGUGGUGGCCGGACAGAUAGUGCACGACCUGGGCUUCGUUCAGCUCAACUUGGGCAUGGGGCUCGCCAACGUACUUUACGCACCGGCGCUGCUCCUGCUGAAGAACGUGACACAAAUGAAGCCUUCUUUCUCCGAGCGAAACAUGCUCCUAGAAGACGGUCCAACGGGACUGUAUGAUACGAUUAAGAUGGAGCAACGGGAGAAAAAGAGAAAGGGUUUGUGUACAACGAUUGACGAGAAUGGCAUUGAGACCUUUGCUCAGCGCUCUUAUUCAGAGGAGGAAUCCUCUGGGGGAGAGUAUGCGUAAAAGACCUUUAGCUGGGUGUUAAACUAUCCAAGUGCCGAUGUAGAGUUGUCUGUAUCAUGUCCGAUUCAACCAAUUCCAUAACACGAGUAUGAUUGUGUAACAAUAUCAAUUAUUUACCGCUUCUGGUGACAAGUUCUCUGGGUUUUGUCAAAUCGAGUAGGUUAAAGCUUUAGCAGAAAGGUGCUCGCUUUCUUUAUUUAAAGUUGAGAUUCCUGUGAAAG